GCGCCCCGGCCGCCUUGCACUGUGGGAGAUGUAGUCCUUGAGCGUCCCGCACCGCGGCAGUUCCGGCAGGAGUGCCGCCCUCGAACUACCACUCCCAGGAGUCCUCGCGCCUUCCAGGUCCCUUUGCAAGGGGCCUGGCGAGGAUCGGGUGAAUGUCAGCGAAGAAAGGAAUCCAAGUACUUUCAGUCCAGUGAAAGGAGAGCCGAAGGGAAGGGAAAGUGGGCGUCAGCUCCUUUCCGGAGACGUUCUGUCUUGAUUGACUCAGCUGGAGCUAACGUUUUUGCCGAACACGCCCGUGCAGCGUCACCGGUGUAGACGCGACGCUCAAUCCCGCGCCCGGCCGGGUGUGUGGCCGGUCGAGAAGGUCUGCCCUUCAUAGCUGGCGUCUUCCCUGAGCGGGGCGGCCUUCCAGGAACAUGAUCUGCACUCUCCUGCGAGCUGUGCGGUGCACGGAGAGGCUGCACGGGCGCCCCGGGAAGCCAUGGUUUCUGCCACACUCCGUGCCUCACAGAGCUUGCUCUCAGACGGAACCCAGGUGGAGAUGGGGGCUGCAAGAGCAGAAGGCGACUGCGCGACCUAGGUGUAUUUGGGGAGUCACCCAGAGGUCCAUCUGGACGCAAGGACGGAGCCCCCAGAGCGCGAAGGAGGACGGUAGCAAGCAAGUGUCUGUGCACAGGAGUCAGAGCGGGGAAACCGUCCUCUCGACGUCACAAAAAGUGAAAGAAGCUGGAAGAGAUUUUACCUACUUAAUAGUGGUGCUUAUUGGGAUCACCAUUACAGGUGGCUUGUUUUACACGAUCUUCAGAGAACUUUUUUCUUCAUCUAGUCCGAAUAAGAUAUAUGGGAAAGCCCUAGAAAAGUGCAGAUCGCAUCCCGAGGUCAUCAGUGUCUUCGGCGAGCCCGUCAAAGGCUACGGGGAGGUGACACGACGAGGCCGAAGGCAGCACGUUAGCUUUAUUGAAUACGUAAAAGAUGGGCUGAAACACAUGCGAGUGAAGUUCUACAUCCAGGGCUCGGAGCCUGGGAAGCAGGGAACCGUACAUCUUGAAGUGAAGGAGACACCAGCUCACAGACGGCGGCUCAGUGUGGGAAGGACGAUUAACCUGCAGCAGAGGUCAAUUAUCUGACUGUUCCUGGUGACAGCAAAGAAGGUCGCCUGGAAUGAAACUUCUGUCGGGCUCCCCGCAUGCCCGGAGGGAAGCAGCAAACAGAGCCUUGUCUUCCAGCCUCCAGCCGAGCCUUCCCUGCGCCCCACGUGCUGGAGGAGCCCUUCAGAGCCAAGUGUCAAUGAGGACCGGGGAGCAGGCUGUAACUGACAAGCUGCCCCCCAAACCCGGACUUCGGUAGAGCUGACUCUUUUUCCCUGAAAACCCUAAAACCACAGAUGAUAUUCUUCAAUGAUUUCAGUGCCCUAUAACCCAGCUGAUCAGACAUUAGAGACCAUGUUUAGGAUAAGCGAAGGGAUUUAACAGUAGAUUACGGCCACAGUCACCCAGUUGUCAGGUUAAACUGCAGUGAAUUGCUUGAGUUCAAUAGUUCAGGUCUUUGUCCACCUUAAUGCCUUUUACAGAAGUUACCAUGAAGUCCUCAUGACUGGAUUGCCAGAGGGACACCCUGCAGUAAUUUUUCGACUUACCUGCAAGGGACUUUAGAAAUACCCUUUGGCACUUUAUGGAAAUUGUGACAUUAUGAAGCAGUAUUCAAAGAAAUGAACAAUACGUGACAAUUUGUAGAACAGCCUUCGGAUCUGAGUACAUUUGCAGAACAAGAAGGAAUAUAGGACUGUUUAAUGUAAUUAAAAGGUUUACGUUAGUUAGAUUCCCUAUCUUGGUCAGAAUAAUUUACAGAGGGAAAAAGAAAUAAACCCUUAGCUCUGAAGCAUUUUUAA